UCAGAUCCACACAGUGUCACACACUUCAUCAUAUUCAUCUUCAUCUUGGUUUAGUGCAAAAAAAAUAUGGAGAGUGAAUUGGUGAGGCGCAGAGUUAACUUGAUUGCUUCCCAUUUUGCAUCAACUGAUGACAUCUCAGCUACUCAUGUUCUCCCUAUGAACUGCAGUGGUAGUUUGAACUCUGUGCUCCGGCGAUGCGAUAACAAGGUGUAUUUCGCGCGCCAAUCAUCUGAAUCUUAUGGUUAUUUCAUGAGGCAGAUUUCAGCUGAAGAGGGUGCUCCAACUCCUAAAACUUUUGGUUCUGCAUCUGAUCAGAGUCCUGCUAACACAAGAGCACCAUGUUUUGCUAGACCCGAAAGUACACCUUGUUUUGCCAGACCCGGAAGAGCACCGUGUUUUGCUAGACCGGCGAGAACUGAAUCGGAUUACUUAAGUUCAGUCGUUCAACCAUUGGCUCCAGUGCAGGGUGGUGAAUUUAGUACACUUGAACCUCCUUCAUUUUCUAGGCCAAGAAAACCGCUACCGCGAGUAGACCAACUACAUUCUGAAAUUAAUGCAGGAACUGAGUGGUCUCCGAGGAUGGAUGUCGCGGAAUCAAAAGGAAAAUAUGUUAUCACAGUUGAAGUUCCAGGAGUUAGGAUCAAUGACAUAAGAGUGGAGGUUGAUGAUCAAAAGUUAUCUGUCAAAGGUAGACGCUCUACUAGCUACUUGACAAUUGCAGGGUCUCCGAAUGCCUCGUUUUCUUCGUAUCACAAGCGCGAGAUACUAUAUGGACCAUGCGAGGCGGUCUGGCCACUCCCUUCCGGCGUGAACAAGGAUCAUAUAUCAGCUGAAUUCCAGGAUGGAUUUCUUCAGAUAAUAAUUCCUAAGAUUUGAAUGAGCAAUAAUGUUGAUUGCAGCCAAAACAUAUUUUGGAGCAUUUGUUUGGUUAUGAUCAUAUCAUAUCAUAUCAUAAAUAGAUCAUAAGAUAGGCUAUGUUGUGCUUUAGAAAUGCUUUUAUUUCUUCUGUACCAGUUAUGUCUGUCUAUGUCUUAUUUUAUAUGCCACUAAACAAAAGAAUUUGGCUGAACCUUAGUAUAUACAUAUUUAUGGCUUAAUUUUGAUUGAUCAAGAUAUUAUUGCUGAUCUUA